UCUUUAGCGCCUUCCUUUUUAUAUACUCUUCUUCUUCUUCUUAUACUGUUUCUUCUUUUGUACACAAUUCUAUUUUGCAAUUCCCCUGAGUAAUCGAAUGGAUACGACGGAGACGACGACGGAGACGGCGAGUCGGAGAACGGCGUCGGCGAGGUCAUCGGUUGUAGAGUCGAUAAAAGGUUUUACUUUAGCCGGAGUUAGGAUUUCGAAGGAGGAUCUACGGAAGAGGAUUACUAUGCCAGAGUAUUUAAGGCUAGCGAUGAUUAAAACUAUGCAGAGUAAAGACGUCGACACUGUAAAUUAUGCCGGUGUCGUCGCCGGAGCAGAGAUUCCUCAGCCUCCGGAAGCGCCGAUCGUCGUGUUUAUUAAUUCAAAAAGUGGUGGAAGACACGGACCGCAACUUAAAGCUAGGUUACAGGAACUCAUGGGUGAACAACAGGUUUUUGACCUUUCAGUUGUGAAGCCUCAUGAGUUCGUUCAAUAUGGAUUGAGUUGCCUGGAGAAGUUUGCUGCUCUUGGUGACAGCUGCGCAAAAGUGACUCGUGAAAGGAUAAGAGUCGUGGCAGCAGGAGGUGAUGGCACCGUUGGAUGGGUUCUUGGAUGCCUUGGAGAGCUUAAGAAACAGGGUCGAGAGCCAGUUCCACCCACAGGAGUAAUCCCUCUUGGCACAGGAAAUGACUUAUCCAGGAGUUUUGGAUGGGGGGGCUCAUUUCCUUUUAACUGGAAGUCAGCUACAAAAAGUAUUCUUGACAGAGUUGCAACAGGUUCAAUUAGCCGUCUGGAUAGUUGGAAUCUUUUACUAUCAAUGCCGUCCGGGGAAAAACUGGAAACACCUCAUUCUAUGAAACCUACUGGGGAUGUAUCUCUUGAUCAGGGAUUGGAUAUUGAUGGUGAGUUGCCUAAGAAGUUGUCCAACUAUCAAGGAGUAUACUACAAUUACUUUAGCAUAGGAAUGGAUGCACAGGUAGCCUAUGGCUUCCAUCAUUUACGGAAUGAAAAACCAUACCUUGCACAAGGUCCCAUAUCAAAUAAGUUGAUUUACUCAGGUUAUAGUUGCAUGCAAGGCUGGUUCUUUACACCAUGUAGCAGUGACCCUUGUUUGAGGGGAUUGAAUAAUAUUUUGCGACUAUAUGUUAAGAAGGCCAACAGCUCAAAGUGGGAGCAAGUCUCUGUUCCUUCAAGUGUUCGGUCUAUAGUCACCCUGAAUCUCCCUAGCUAUGGCGGUGGACGGAAUCCAUGGGGACAUUUGAAGCCAGAGUACUUGGAGAAGAGGGGUUUUGUGGAAGCCCAUCCAGACGAUGGUUACAUUGAAAUUUUUGGCCUAAAGCAAGGAUGGCAUGCUUCUAUGGUUAUGGUUGAGCUCAUCUCUGCAAAACACAUGGCCCAGGCUUCAGCAAUUAGAUUUGAGUUGCGUGCAGGAGAGUGGGAUCAAGUUUAUAUGCAAAUGGACGGUGAGCCAUGGAAACAACCAAUUAACAAAGAAUAUUCAACCUUCGUUGAAAUUAAGAGGGUACCAUUUCAGUCUCUCAUGGUCAACGGGAAGUAGAAUUUUAUUGUCCUUUUCCUUUUUUGAUAACCAUGGUGUCUGGGCUAGCUUUCGCGCACCUAGUUGUGUAAAGCAUUUUAUCCACCAUUAUAUUCAGAACAAAUUAGGUCACAACACUGUUGCUUGUCGGUCUAUGUACGUACAAUAUGUAUAUUAUAGUGUCCUGAUUAUGUAGCAAAAAUGAGUUACAUAAACAUUAUAGUGUGAUUUUUCCAUGAUAUUGAAACAAAUCCUUUUUACCCCGACA